CACUGCUCUUUCCCGCAAAACUGCGAACGUGGCCCCUAGUGGUGACGCGGUUUAUAAGAAGGUGCUUUUACUCAGACGCCCUUAGCGAGUGCAGGAUCAUGGGCACCACAGCUGGCAGAACGCAAAAAAUUAUGGGGCCACUUCUUACUGCCCUGGUCGCAUUCGCUCUUCAGGAGGUGGCACUCGGUCGAGUGAGCGUCAGCAUUAGCCAAAGGCCCAACGAGGAACAAUGGCCCAGAGUACUCGUACCUGGAGGUCAUGGCUCUGGUGCCCUUACUGGCUUGACUAUAGGACUUCCGGGUAUGACUGGCGGUUCAGGUCUGGGUGUCUCUCUUGGAGGAGAGUCGGGUACCUGGGGCGGUUCAAGUUAUGGCGGCGGUAGUGGAGCAUCGCUGGGUGCUUCGGGUGGCUCAGAAGGCUUUGGUGGAUCUCUUGGGGCAACGGCGGGUUCUGCGAGUAUCUCAGGCCACGGUGCCUCUGCUGGAUUAGGGUCGACCUGGGGCAGCUCAGGCCACAGUGGCUCUGCUGGAGCAGGAUUGGGUACCUCAGGAAGCUCAAGCUUCGGUGGAUCUGCAACUGGAGCUUUGGGAUCUUCGAGUGGCUUGACUCAUGGCUCUGGUGCCCUUAGUGGCUUGACUAUAGGACAUCCGGUUAUGACUGGUGGUUCAGGCUUUGAUGUAUCUCUUGGGGGAACUGCGGGUUCUUCCAGCAGCUCAGGCCACGGUUCCUCUGCUGGAGUAGGGUCGAGUACCUGGGGCAGCUCAGCACACGGUGGCUCUGCUGAAGCUGGAUUGGGUACCUCAGGAAGCUCAAGUUAUGGCUCCGGUGGCUUCGACGGUGCUGGCGGAAUUGGAGGAUCAGUGUCCGGUACCUUGACUGGUUCAGGCUAUGGCACCGGGGGCUCUGGCGGCACUAGCACAUCAGGGUUGGCUUCCUUGAGUGGUGCAGGCUACGGUGGCUCUUCCGCAGGGCCCACAGGUUCUCCCGGCAGCACAGGUUAUGGCGCUGGUGGCUACGGCAAUGCGAGCAUCACUGGCGGAUCAGUGUCGGCCACAUCGGGUGCUUCAGGUUCCGGAUACGGUUCCAUCAGCGGCAGUGGGAGCACCACCGGUAGUGGAACACUCCCGGGCAUGACUGGCACUUCAAGCUACGGUGGAGGAGCCUCGGGAUCUACGAGUAGCUCCGGCUACGGUGGCUCUUCUGGAGGAGCCACAGGUUCUUCCAGCACCACAGGUUAUGGCGCUGGUGGGUACGGCAGUUCGGGCAUCACUGGCGGAUCAUGGGCGGGUACACCGGGUGCUUCAGGCAACGGUGGAGGAGUCUCGGGGUCUUCAGGUAGCACCGGCUACGGUAGCUCUGCUGGAGGAGCCACAGGUUCUUCCAGCACCACCGGUUAUGGCGGUGGUGGCUUUGGCGGGGCGAGCAUCACUGGCGGAUCAUCGUCGGGCACAUCGGGUGGUUCAGGUUCCGGAUACGGUACCAUCAGCGGUGGUUCGAGCACAAGCGGUAGUGGAAGACUCCCGGGCAUGAGUGGCACUUCGAGCUACGGUGGAGGAGCCUCAGGAUCUUCGGGUAGCGCCGGCUACGGUGGCUCUGCCGGAGAAGCCACAGGUUCUUCCAGCACCAGCGGUUAUGGCGGUGGUGGCUUUGGCGGGGCGAGCAUCACUGGCGGAUCAUCGUCGGGCACAUCGGGUGGUUCAGGUUCCGGAUACGGCUCCAUCAGCGGCAGUUCGAGCACUGGCAGUAGUGGAAGACUCCCGGGCCUGAGUGGCACUUCGAGUGGGUCUUCGGGCUUCGUUAUCUCCGGUGGGCAUAGUGGAAGUCUGCCUGGUGCCUCAGGUUCUGGCUACGGUGGAGGAGCCUCGGGAUCUGCGAGUAGCUCCGGCUACGGUGGUUCGGCCGGAGGAGCCACAGGUUCUUCGAGCACCGCAGGUUAUGGCGCUGGUGGCCACAGUGGUGCGGGCGGCGCUGGCGGGUCACUGUCGGGUACACUGGGUGGUUCAGGCUAUGGCUCCGGGGGCAUUGGCGUUGCUGGUGGCGCUGGUGGCGCUGGUGUAACAGGGGCGGGAGCCUCAGGUGGUGCAAGUUUUGGCGGCAUUAGCAUCGGAGGCAGUACAGGCGGUGAAGGAACAUGGGGAUCGAGUGGAUCAGUUGGUUUAGGGGGCGGCGACCUCGGAGGUGGAGCUGAAGCAGGGUUCGGAGGCAGUAGUGGAGGAGGAUAUUCAGGCGUCGGCGGCGGUUCGCAAGGUGGCUGGAACGUAUCACGACCGGCUUGGAAUGGGACUUUGGGGUCUCUAUUUAAACGCAAGUGCCACAUUCCAGGCGAGGUAUUCUGGCGUAGCUCGAGCAACUGCGGCGAGUGCAGGUGCAGCGAAUACUUGGCGGGAAGGCGGCCCUCGGGAACACCCCGGGUGUGUCGGACGGACCUCGUAGCCAAGUGUUGGUGCAGGAGGUACACCUGCCGCGCAAGCAACGGCAGGUGUGUUCUCAGAAGGAACUGCAAGAAAGCCCUACAAGAGUAGUCGGCAGGAACUCCGCUCUUUGCCAUGACGCAAUAAAGGUUCGCUGAACAACUUGCACACGAAA